GGUUUAUGGUAUACCCCAAAUAGACCAACUGGGAGGCAGAGAAACCGAGAGAACUAUAGAGAAAAGGGUGUUUAGUUUCAAUGGCGUCAAGGGUUUCUCUGAAAGCGAAGGGUAAGAGUUCGAAGGGAUCGAAGGCACAAGAAGACCGAUCCGUGUGCGAGUCUCUGAAGGAGUGGACGACAUGGACGAUGCGAAAAGCGAAGGUCAUCACUCACUAUGGUUUCAUCCCUUUGGUCAUCAUCAUUGGUAUGAACUCUGACCCUAAGCCUGCACUUUCACAGCUUCUCAGCCCCGUCUGAUCCACCUCUUGGAUUCUCCAUCAUUAAUGCGACGACGUUUCGUUCUUUUUUUUUUCUUUCCCCUUUUUCAUAUCUGUAACUUCAUUGAAUCAGUUUUCAGAAUGGAGUAGUUUUUUUUGUUCGAGACAAUUAUCGAAGACGCGGUAGUAAAUAAUGGAUCUUUUAUUAUAAUUGCAAUAUUCAAA